UUCGCCCGCCCUCCUCGGCCACCUCCGAGGUCUGCGACGGCCGUGAGGGGCGGCGCCGCGGCGGCGUGGCGGCGCGGGCUCCUAGCAACGCGCCAUGGCGGCGGGCGAGCGGCAGAGCCGCGAGUACCUGGAGCGGCACGGGCUGCCCGCGCUGCUGCACCGCCUCGCCGCGCUGCUGCUGUACCACCGGCCCGAGCGGCCGCGGCAGUUCCUGCUCCAGGCGCUGGAAGCGGUGCGAGCGGCGCGGCGCGGCGAGGCGGCGAUGCCGUCCGUGCUGGACGAGGCGGAUGUGGAGACCGUGUUCAGGAUGCUGGACGCCGCGGGGCGCGGCUUCGUCACGGGCAGGCAGUGCCGAGCAGUCUGCCGAAGACUUGCUCGGGAACCCCUUCCCUUUCCUUCAGCUCUUACGACGCUGGGGCUGAGCACCGCAGAGCUGCGCGUCGGGGAUGAGGAGGAGAUCGGGAUGGCCACGUUCAAGGAAGAAAUGAUGAAAACGUUGCUGGAAGGCUGGACUGUGGAGUGAUUUAAGAGUGGUCUGCCCUGUAUAUUAGAAAUAGGUAUUUUGCUCCAUCCAGUUACUGGUGGGUCAAGACAAGUUUAAGCAGUGCAUUUAUUUUUCCCCCAUCCAUUUUAGCUGUCGGCUGAGAGAACAAAUGACAAAAACAUGUUUGUGCUUACCAGGCACUAGAAAUGCAUUAAUUAAGAUAAUAAGAUUGCCUGAAUAAGUAGAAACCCUGUUUACAAAUCAAAAAUAAGUGUUUUGGCAGUUCCUCCUUCAACUGUGGCCUCACAGUGCUGGUACGAAAAACAUCAUCAGCUUCAGCAACUUCAAAAUGUUCAUGUUUGGAGAAAUACAGCAUUGCCAACGAUCACAGCUUUUAAGUAAGCUCAUGAAUAAAGGAAGUCCUACUCAGAAAACAGAGGCCACUUUGGGACAGCAAAAAAAAAAAAAGAAAAAAAAAGAAAAAAAAUGGAAUUUUGAAAUAGUAUUGAUAAAUAAAAAUGAUACAUUCCUUCAUUCCAUGCUGAGAUUCGCUGUGCACAUUUUAAUACAGAACACCCAUUACACCAGGGAUUGAGAAGUGGAAAACAUCUGCACUUAGGUGAGAGCAUGCCAGCUGUCCAUACUGCACAUAGCUGCACGUGCAUACAUGCACCAGCUCUGAAUUCAUUAUACCAGUGUGACAGCAUGCCAAAGCAACAAGGCAGGCCAUCCGAAAACAAGUAACACAUUCAUUAGUAAUGAAGAACCUGUGAGCUUCUAAAUGUCAAGACAAAGUAGCGCUGAAAAAGAAAGAUCUGUGCAGUUAGAAGUCAGCACCACAGCAUCUUAAAGGUUUUGUUUUUUUGGAACUGUAUAAA